AUGCGCUCCUCAGGCUAUCUCGCUUCUCUAGUUGCCGCUGGCAUCAUGGCUGUUCCCCACAAUGGCAACUUGCGGAAUGACGAUAAGUAUUAUGAGAUUAUUACAAGAUUCGAGUACGUCACUUACUAUGUUAUGGGUGGUGGAGGCGCCGCUCCCCAGACUACCUGCUCGGACCACUCUGGGCAAUGCAUUACCAUUGCCAUCUGCACCCAGCCUACAAACGUCGAGCCCGUCAAGAGGCCGACGCAAAUCCCCAAUCGGGAUUCUGUUUCCGGCUUUGGUCCCAGCUACGGUCUCUAUGCCGAUCAGCAAGAGGCAGUUGACCUCCACAAUGACGCCCGUAAAGCCGUGGGCAACGGACCUCUUUUUUGGGAUGACUCACUUGCCGUGGGUGCCCAGCAGUGGGCGACUUUCUUUCUUUUUUUCUUUCUUUUCACCUCGACAUUUCGGCCUCGUGAGCCUGUAACCAUGAUGGGCUUUGUGUCCCUCGACUUCCCGUACUUCCCGACACUGAUGGUCACUGCAUCCUUACCCGCCCAUUCGUCGGCAGCUUACCGCUACAUCGAUCGGCUACUACAGCUUAGCCUGCCUGAACAACUCGACUUUUUGGGCCCUCUUAUGCCCUCGAUCUCGACGCAUGGAUCCCACAUGGUUCGUGGCGCUUUUUGA